UCCACCCAGUCGGUGUUCAGCUUCAAAUUUAAAUCAAGAAACUUUACUAAUUAUUCGUACAAUUCAUUUUGUCUGUGCAAAUCAUACAGAUAUAGAUAAUAUAAAAUGGGUAUCAAAUUUGAAAAUUUAAAAUCAGGAGAUGGAGCUACAUUCCCAGAGGCAGGUCAGACGGUAUCUGUUCACUACACGGGAACCCUGACUGACGGGAAGAAGUUUGACUCGUCUCGUGACCGUAACGAACCCCUAAAGUUCAAAGUUGGUGGAGGUCAAGUUAUCAAAGGAUGGGAGGAGGCCAUCACACAGAUGAGUGUAGGGCAAAGGGCCCGAGUGACCUGCCCACCAGAGUUGGCGUAUGGUGGCGCCGGAAAAGCAGGAUUAAUUCCUAAGAACGCGACCCUUGUGUUUGACAUCGAACUGUUGGGGGUGGAGUCUACGAAGGGGAAGGGUGGGGGUGCUGCAGGUGGAAAGAAGGGCAAAAAAUAAAACCCCUUCUUUUUAAUUUACUACUUAUAUAUAUACAACUUACUUCACACUAUCAUUUUCUGUCUUUGUGUCAUAUCUUUGUAGCGUUUCUCACAAUUGUAUUAAUAAAUGAAAGUACUAUUACA